AUGGCAUCCCCCCCAACAACCACCAUCCACAACCCCCAACUACGCCUCCUCAAUGCCCUCCGCGCCAACGCAAAGCCCAUCAUGACCUUUCUCGGUCUUCCAUCUUUUCGCACAGCCCAAGUCGUCGCUCAAACCGGCGUGGAUGGCAUAAUCAUCGACUGCGAACACGGCCAUAUCAGCGACGACGCCAUGCACAGCUCCACAGCCGCCAUUGCUGCCAUGGGCGUCUCGCCACUUGUACGGCUGAGAAUGACGCAUGCGGAUUUGAUUAAGAGGGCUUUGGAUGCGGGGGCUCAUGGCAUUGUCGUGCCAAUGAUCAACACAGCCGAUGAAGCCAGGACGGUUGUUGCGCAUGCAAAAUUCCCACCGCAGGGUCUGCGAGGCCAGGGCUCGGCUUUUGCUGCCCUCGCGCAUGGUGUCGAUACGGGCACGUAUGUGCGGACAGCCAACGAAACACUCAUCACAGCCCUGCAGAUUGAGUCGAAAGCUGGGGUGGAAAAUGUAGAUGCCAUCUGUGCUGUUCCUGGUGUUGAUAUGCUAUUCAUCGGCCCCAACGACCUUGCACUCUCACUACUCGGUUAUGUUCCUGCCAAAGGCAAUGAGCCUGAAUUCGUGGAUGCUAUUGAGAAGAUUGUGGCGGCUGCGAGGAGGCAUGGGAAAUGGGUGGCCAGGUUAUCGAAUACGGAGGCUUUGAGCAAGGAGCACCUGCGGGUGUUUGACACAGUAGCGUUGAGCUAUGAUAUUCGCGCGAUGCAGAACUGGUAUAUGGCAGAAUUGAAGGUUGCACGGUCGUGA